AUGGCGAGUGGAACGAAGAAGCGACGAAAGUCGCAAUCUCCAGCCCGGGGUACAGCUUCGAAGCGCGCGCGUGUUACCUCCAAACGUACCCAACACGACGAGCCUGAUCCGCACUCGUCGCGCGCUGGGUCUGUCAGAAACACACAGGCGACGUCGUUACCCACCGGAGAAGACUGGGUGUUCCGCGUAAAAGUCAUCUCGUCUGCGACAGACCUUCGCAAUGGUCUAUUCAAGAACGCAGUACAAGGGCUUGUCAGAAUCUGCUUCCCCAACGACAUCCUGAACCAGCUGGGGUCUGAUGUACUGGAACAGCAUAUGCGCGAAGAGAACGCCCCGGAAGAGAACAUACGCAGAAUGACAGAGAUGUUUCGUGCCGAGAUGACGCAGCGUAUGGUCUCCAUGCUGGCCGACAAUCUCGACACCGCUGCCAAAGUAGAUUCUGUGCUGAAGGCUAUGCUGACUGCGAGCGCAAAGGCCCACGGUGACGAUCUUGGAGAAGAUAUUUUGGGCUAUGUCACUGCUAGCUUACUUCAAAUGCAGGCGUUGGCUCCAAAACACUCAACACAAUGGCUAGUCAAUGGUGACGCAGUACAAGAAGACAGCAGUGGUGGAGAUGUUAGUGGCAGCGACGCCUCUGACGAAGAGCCUACGCCACCACCAAAGGUGAAGAAGCAUAAGAAACGGAACAAAGAAUCGGAGCGAGCGCGCCCAAGUGCCGAAAGUUACACUCCAGGCACCGCUAGGAUGCACAGCAACUUGCCAGCGGCUUCAUUGAAGCAACGCACUUCGAAGGGCAAAGAUCGGAAGAUCUCUUCUAAGUGGCAAUGGGAUAUUGAGGCGUCAGAUCUCACAGAAGACGACGUAUCCAAGACUUUCUUCCGCACGAGCGACCUGUUCGCAUAUCACGCCUUACCGAUUUCUCAACGCAAGCUCGGACCCAGUGCAUCGAAGAAAGAGAUUAGGUGCGAGAUGCAGUCGCUACUUGAUGGCAUGCCUCAAGAGGAGUUUGAGAAGUGGGUCGAGAGUCUACAGAAACUACUCGAUGGCGACCGCGAUAUGCUGGAGCGACAAGAAUCACAAACUUCUGGUCACCAGCAGCAGUUGAGUCGUGUAACGCCGGCGCCUGUGGACAUACGCAAACGGCCCAAGAAGUCACCAAAUGUAUCGGCUGGCGGUAGAACGAUAGCAAAGACGUACGACAGGGAAUAUGACCCACCUCUCCAAGAAAACAGCGCGAUAAAGCGCGAGACUGCUGACAAUGGAAGUACUCUGUCGGGUUCGCUUAGAGAAGUAGCGCUGGGAUAUCACAUUGAUAAGGCCACGGCAGAUCUCCGAGAGUUAUCAACUGAAGAUCGUAACCUGGUUGGGCAAUAUUGUGGUGCAGAAGCGGCAGGAGAAAACAACGCUACACGAAUGACCAAGGGUUUCGAGAGCCGUGGUUUGCCUAUUCUCCAACUGCUUUGGGGCUCUGACAAUUUCACCACCGAACAAUGCUUCAGUGGCUCAAAAGAUAUCGCACAGACCAUUAUGCACAACCUUCAUCGGCGUGUCCCAGAUGCAACCGUCAACGCGUUAGGCUUGGCUGGCGCGAGUACGACUCGCACCAAGUCCCAAGUAGAGCGCACUAUCCUUGAGAGCUUCCCAAAGUCUGGAGAGCAGUUCAACUUCGGAAAGAUCAAAAGGGACAUUGAGUUAACUCUGACUCACUGGGUCCUUGCGAAACCGAAAGCGUUUCCUGAGCUGCGAAACGAAUCUUUCCUGUUUGCACAUCCGCUACCAACUCUUUUGAUCACCAUAAACCUUUUGUUUGGCUCAUGGGAGUCACUUUCGAGGAAGGUUGGGCCGCAGAUGUGGGGUACCAUCUCACAGGCUUUCCUACAACGAGGCAUCUCUAUGAUGGAGCUCCACGCUGUGAACGUUGACUCUUCACAGAUUGACAGCAUCAUCGGCAACCCUCGAUUCCAAGACAAGGCUCAAAGAAGUUUGGUUGAACGAGCUCUGCGACGGGCUGUCUUUGCGUACAAGGACAAAUUCCCAGAAUUGAAAGACACGAUUCUUGUAAAGACAUGGGAGCAGAAGACAGGGUCGACGUGGUGA